UGCAAGGGGGAAAGUUAAUAAAGAUUUUGCGGGUACAUGAAACUACGGUGGAGCGAGCGUUAGCGCUUAGCAGCAGUUAGAAGCCAUGCUAUAUAUACAAUCUGUCUCUCUUGGACCAGUUCGCUCCUCUCGUCUAUCUCCCCAUGCUCCUCUAUUAUACCAAUCCCAAUCCUAUGCUGGAGAUAGUGGAUGAUAAAAGAUGGCAACUGCUGAAGCAGUCUGUGUCUAAAACUUUAACCCAUUUUUACCCUCUUGCAGGAAGGAUCAAAGGCCACCUUUCCAUAGAUUGCAACGACCAAGGAGCUUACUAUGUUGAGGCCCGCACUAACUCCCAUUUGAAUCACUUUCUCAACAGUCCUCCUUAAUCUCAAAAUUUCUUCCAUCUCCAAGAACAUGGGAUGCUCCCACUCCAGGUGCUCCAGUUGCUAUGAUACAGGUCACCGUCUUUGCAUGUGGUGGAUUAGCCAUUGCUGCCACCGUUUCAAACAUGCUUCUGGAUGCUCCUGGAUGGGGCUUCGCUCAGUGUCUUUCUCAAAGCUUGGGAGGCCAUGGCUCAUCAUGAUCAUCAUCAUCAGACUCAACCUGAAUUCAAAUAUAAUAAUUAUGAUCCGAUAAUAGAAGAGUUGGAUACAGGAAGGGAGAAAUCCGUGGUCAAGGUGAUUAUAUAGACAACUUGUGCUUAUAUUCAUAUGUGAAAGCCUAUACCUAGCUGUAGCCUGUAGUUCAAAUGAACACGAAACCAAGAGACCCAAAUACAGAAAGACAUUGACUUCCAAAUGAGUCAAUGUAGUCGGACUCUUCAGAUGUAGAGCUUGCUGAAGCCACAACAACAACAACAACAACAGCGCUGAUAUAUCUAUCAGCAUUGAGCAAGCUACAACUCAACUCAAACACAAGUUUGGUGUCACAAUAAGCGGGGUAAUGGCCAUUUCCAUACAUGAUCGCAGGCUCCAUGUCCGUGAGAUGGUUUCAAAUCUCAAUAUCUAAAGAAUAAAUUGAGUUAGAUACUUCGGAAAUCUAGCAGGAGUGCUAAUAACUCUAAUAUCAACACAAAACAUCCAAUUUCAAAGCGACUGUUGCAGAGAAACCCUAAGCCUGACGGACAGCAAGCAAGAGCAACCAAGGGUGAGGGGGAGAGGAGGGGUUUAAAAAGUUUAAAGGCGAAGCAUUUUUAUACUGCGAGUGCGAGAUUUUGGAAAAUCCAACUUCAUCAAGUGGUUCCGCAAGAAGCACGCCCGAGUACAAAAGGAAUCUUAUAAAGCUUACGUGGCAGGUGAACGAUUGAUAUCCCUGUUCCGGAAAACAGAGGAUAGGCCCUCCUCCGUUUAGUGUACUUACUAUCAUGUAUGUCUUGUUGGCUGGCUAUUGUUCUUCUUCGCCUUCCCUCCACUAAAACUAUCCCCAGAGCCAGAGCCAGAAACGAAACCGAUAAAAUAGUAUGCUAGUUGGUUGGGGUUGUCUGGCUUAACACAGAGACAGACAGAUAUUAGAUAGUCUCUCAGUAAAGCAAGCAAUCAGUCAAAUAUUAUCGACAAACAAACAUGCUUCUUCUUCCGGUUCCAGUACCAGGGUCGACUCGCUUCCCUUCCUUUCAAUUGGCUUCUCCAAUACUCAUCCGCCACCACCACCACCACCACCAUAUGUUCCAUUUGUGGUCUCUGUCCGCCACCACAGCCGCUGCCGUUACCAACUCAUCCCAAGCCCAUCUACCCCCAAUUCCAUCCUCAACCUCAACCUCAAACUCAAGACGGCGCUCUUUUGACGACGACCAAGCUGCCGUUUCCCGCUAUGACUUCAGCCCCCUCCUCACCUUCCUCGCCGCCAAGUCAAUGUCAAUGUCAUCUUCCGCCUCCUCCCCAACCUCACUCGACCCAGCCGAGUUCCAGCUCGCCGAGUCGUACCGGGCCGUGCCCGCCCCACUCUGGCACUCUCUCCUCAAAUCUCUCUGCUCCUCCUCCUCCUCCGACAUACAACUAGCCUACGCCGUCGUUUCCUGGCUCCAAAAGCACAACCUCUGCUUCUCCUACGAACUCCUCUACUCCAUCCUCAUCCACGCCCUCGGCCGCUCCGAGAAACUCUACGAGGCUUUCUUGCUCUCCCAGCGACAAUCCUUAACACCGCUCACCUACAAUGCUCUCAUCGGCGCUUGUGCCCGCAAUGGCGACCUCGAGAAGGCCCUCCAUUUGAUGUCCCGCAUGCGCCAAGACGGUUAUCGCUCCGACUUCGUCAAUUACAGCUUGAUCAUUCAAUCCCUCUCCCGCUCCAACAAGAUUGAUUCCCCCAUUAUGCUCAAGCUCUACCGGGAGAUUGAGUCCGAGAGCAUUGAGAUUGAUGGCCAGCUCUACAACGACAUCAUUGCUGGUUUCGCAAAAGCCGGUGAGCCCACGCAGGCUAUGCAUCUGCUCGCCAUGGUCCAGGCCACUGGCUUGAGCCCCAAAACCGCCACUCUGGUUGCCCUCAUCUCCGCCCUGGGGAAUUGCGGUAGGGUGGUUGAAGCCGAAGCUAUCUUCGAGGAGAUGAAAGAAGGAGGAUUGCAGCCCAGGACCAGGGCUUACAAUGCCCUGCUCAAAGGCUAUGUAAAGGCUGCUCAAUUGAAAGACGCCGAAUCCAUCGUGUCUCAGAUGGAGAAGAGCGGCAUUUCACCCGAUGAGCACACAUACAGCCUGCUCAUUGAUGCCUAUGCGAAUGCGGGGAGGUGGGAAAGCGCAAGAAUUGUGCUGAAAGAGAUGGAAGCCAGCAAUGUGCAGCCUAAUUCCUAUGUUUUCAGUAGGAUCUUAGCGAGCUACCGUGAUAGAGGAGAGUGGCAAAAGUCGUUCCAAGUAUUGAGGGAGAUGAAGAGCAGCGGGGUAAGACCCGACAGGCAUUUUUACAAUGUCAUGAUUGACACAUUUGGAAAGUCCAACUGUCUUGAUCAUGUUAUGGCUACCUUUGAAAGGAUGCUAUCCGAGGGAAUUCAACCCGACACCGUCACCUGGAAUACGCUUAUAGAUUGUCAUUGCAAGUCAGGCCACCAUAAAAGGGCAGAGGAAUUAUUUGAGGAAAUGCACCAAAGUGGGUGCGCCCCUUGCGCCACCACCUAUAACAUCAUGAUAAAUUCCUUUGGGGAGCAGCAGAGAUGGGUUGAGGUGAAGGGCUUGUUGGGGAAGAUGCAGGCUCAGGGUUUACUGCCCAACAUAGUUACCUAUACCACCCUAGUUGAUAUUUAUGGAAAGUCGGGGAGAUUUAAUGAUGCAAUAGAGUGCUUGGAGGUCAUGAAGUCUGCAGGCUUGAAACCAUCCCCGACUAUGUACAAUGCCUUAAUUAAUGCCUAUGCACAAAGAGGUUUGUCUGAGCAAGCACUGAAUGCAUUUAGGGUCAUGAGAGCAGAUGGCUUAAAACCCAGUCUCUUAGCUCUCAAUUCAUUAAUCAAUGCAUUUGGUGAAGAUAGAAGGGAUGCUGAGGCCUUUUCUGUGUUGCAGUACAUGAAGGAAAAUGACCUGAAACCAGAUGUAGUUACAUAUACUACACUUAUGAAAACCCUUAUCCGUGUUGAUAAAUUUUACAAGGUUCCAGCUGUGUAUGAAGAAAUGAUUCUGUCUAGAUGCACUCCAGAUAGGAAAGCCAGGGCAAUGUUGCGGUCUGCUCUGAAAUACAUGAAACAGACACUCAGAUGAUGAAUGAUAUGAUUUGAGUCGUAUCGUAUAGCCAAAUUUACUUGUGUUCACCUAAUCAUGCUUGAUCUAGUCAGGUCUCAUAUGAAGGAACCAUGAUUUAGGCUGGCCAUCAUGCAAUGGAAUUCAACCUCAAGGACGAUCAUGUUCCAGAGUUUGGGAAGAAAGAGACCUGCCACACCCUCUUAACAAAGACGAGAACCGUUGAAGAAACAACCACCCCCUUCCCCUCAAUAUAAUCAUAGGUUAAGCACCAGAUAAAAUUGUUGCUUGUAUCUUGUAAAAAUUUGCCAAUUACUUGUUUUCAUAAAGUGGAAUGUAAUUAUAAAACUAAAUCGGCUUAUAUUUUUUUUAAUGUCUUUAUAGGAAGAGCGUGAUUAUUUGGGCAGCA